AAUCACGACCAUUGGCUAUGCUCUACAGUUGAUGCUCUAUUAUUCAACCAAUCAGCGAUGAGGGCUGAGAUGAAUGUGGCUUCAUCAUUCGUAUUCGUACGUCGUAUCAAAAUGCUGCCAAAAACGGUUACAAUUGUGACGUAAAUUGGAUACGUAGAUUGCCGAUAAAUUGUCUUUCAGGAGAAUCCUAAGAAAAUUAUUGUCUCAAGGAUUUCCAGGGGUUCUUGAUUUUUAUAGGCGCGAUUGGGACAGAAAUCAUACGUCAUUUUUAAAAAUAUAUCUUGGUUGCCAAUUCAUCACCACGUUUUUGCAUUUUAACGCCAUUUUGUAGCUCUAUCUUUGUCUGAAAAGGUGACGGUAGUCCAGGCGAAAUCGCAUGUGGAAAGAUGCACUAACGACAUCUUCAUAGACUUGAGGAUAUGUCUGGCACAUUGGUAAACACGUGCUGUUGACAAGGGGAUUCUUGACUGGAGUAUUUGAUUGGGUUAACAGGGGUAAUUACUAAUUUUUGUGAUUCAAAAAGACAUAAAAAAAGAUUUUCAAGUGAAUAAUGGAUCCGGACUUUGAGGAAUUGUCCAAUGAUGUGGAUUUGAUCGCGAGAGUGAAGCAAUUUCGCCAUGCAAGUGAGAAAAUUGGAGAUACUCUAAAGCUCGCUGCUGAUGAGAAGUUUUACGAGAGUCUUCCGAAUGAAGACAAAAUUAAAUUCAAUUUGCUGAUGUCCUUUGGGCUCAAUAGCAUGUUCUGGAUGUAUCUGAGAGCAGAAGGGAUCAAUCCAGCCACACAUGAAAUAAAAAAUGAAAACAAUCGUCUGAAGAAAGCGAUGAUGCGAGCACAGGAGAUUAAAGACAAGAAAACUAAGAUGCCAAGGAUCAAUAGGGAUGCAGCGCAGAGAUUCGUCCGAAGUGGCUUGUGGGAACCGAAGCAAAAGCCUCUGAAUGGGGCAGAAAGCCAAGAUGAAUUACCUGGACAAGAACUCGAAAACUGGGAUAAUGAGGAACAGACUGAACCUGUACCUGCAGCUUCAAGCUAGCCUCACUAGAGCAUGUUCACAAAUGUUCUCAGUUCCGGUCAGGAGUAAACCUUAAUAUAUUUUGUAUAGAGAAUUAUGUUUAAGAACCUAUGCCUCGUAUUUUAUCUCUGCCUAUUUUACCUAUGCCGAGUAUUUUUCAUAUAAAAUUAAAUGAAAUUAUAAAUCCAUCAAUACAAAAA